AUGAUUCCAGUCAGCAAAAGAGAUGAUAUAAAAGCCAUAGCUUCCAUCUCUGCUGGAAAUGAUGAAUUUAUUGGAAACUUAAUUGAUGAAGCCAUUGAUAAAAUCGGUCAUGAUGGAAUAAUUUCUAUUGAAUCAUCUUCAUCAAGUGAAACUUCUGUGAUUGUUGAAGAAGGAAUGAAGAUCGACAAAGGAUACAUGUCUCCUCAUUUUGUCACAAAUCAGAACAAUUUGUCUGUGGAAUUUGAAAAUGCUAAAGUCCUGAUAACAGAUCAAAAGAUAUCAUCUGUGAAAGAAAUUGUCCCAUUGCUAGAAAAGUGUACUCAAUUAAGUGUCCCUUUGCUCAUUUUUGCUGAAGAUAUCUCAAUCUCAGUUCUUGAAACCCUAAUUGUUAACAAAAAUCAAGGUUUACUUAGGGUUGCUAUUGUGAAAUGUCCUGGUGUUGGGGAACGAAAGAAAGCUUUACUUCAAGAUAUUGCCCUCAUGACAGGUAAUUCUGUAACAAAGGCUGUUUACAAGGGCUAUAUUGAUAAGAAUGUUUGGGUUGGUCUCAAAUCUCUGCCUGUUGCUGUUAAGGUUCUCAACAAGGAGGGUCUUCAAGGCCAUAGAGAAUGGCUUACUGAAGUUAAUUUCCUUGGUCAGCUCAGACAUCCCAAUUUGGUGAAAUUGAUUGGAUAUUGA